GGGGUCAGCGCCCUAAAGCCAGCCCCUUCUCUUUUGCCAAGACCUGCCUCUGCACAGCCCUAAGUGGGUACAGCUGGAAUCCUGAGCCUGCGAUGGAGCCCCGGCUGGGGCCCAAAGCUGCCGCCCUCCACCUGGGCUGGCCGUUCUUGCUGCUGUGGGUCUCCAGCCUGAGCUACUCUGUCUCUUCACCGGCUUCUCCCUCUCCUUCUCCGGUGUCCCGAGUCCGAACGAGCUACAGUUUGGGAAGGACUUUCCUCGGUCUUGAUAAAUGUAACGCCUGCAUCGGGACAUCUAUUUGCAAGAAGUUCUUUAAAGAAGAAAUAAGGUUUGACAACGGGCUGGCCUUACACCUCGGACCACCUCCUGACAACUUGCCUUCUUACUCUGCAAAUUACUCAGAUGAUUUCAAAACCUGGCGCCCAGUGGAGAUCUCAAGGCUGGUCAGCAAACAGCAAAACAAGAUCUCAGACGAGAGAAUCUGUGCCUCCGCAGCUGCCCCCAAGACCUGCAGUAUUGAGCGUGUCCUGCGGAAAACAGGGAGGUUCCAGAAAUGGCUGCAGGCCAAGCGACUCACACCAGACCUGGUGCGGGGCCUGUCCAGCCCUCUCUUACGCUGCCCAUCACAGCGACUCCUGGAUCGCGUGGUCCGGCGCUAUGCAGAGGUGGCUGACGCUGGCAGCAUCUUCAUGGACCACUUCACGGACCGGGACAAGCUGCGUCUCCUCUACACGCUAGCUGUCAACACGCAUCCUGUCCUUCUACAGAUCUUCCCGGGUGCUGAGGGUUGGCCGCUUCCCAAGUACUUGGGCUCCUGUGGUAGAUUUCUGGUCAGUACCAGCACCAGUCCGCUGCAGGAAUUCUAUGCUGCACCGCCAGACCAGGCGGCCGACCUAGCCUACCAGCUCCUGGGUGUCCUGGAAUCUCUGAGGAGCAAUGAUUUGAACUACUUCUUCUACUUCACCCACGUGGAUGCAGGCAUGUUUGGCAUCUUCAACAACGGGCAUCUGUUCAUCCGGGAUGCCAGUGCACUGGGCGUGAUCGACAGGCAGGAAGGCAGCCAAGCAGCCUCCGGCGCAGGAGACAAUAAAGACAUCUUCAGCUGCCUGGUCUCUGGCUGCCAGACUGAGCUACCCUCCUGUGACACCAUCCCUGAGAAGCAGAACCUGGUGCUGGUGUGCAGCCAGGUGUUGCCCCUGCUUCUCCAGGCCAAGUUCCCGUCCCCAGUGCGGGAGGAGAUUGACACCGAGCUCACUCGCUGUGCAGACGGAACCCGGCCAGACCCGGAGGUCCUCGGGGCUGCCGGCCGGCUGAAGGACAUCUUGAGACCCCUGAGAACCUGUGACCCCAGAUUCGCCUACCGCUACCCAGACUGCAAGUAUAACGAUAAGUUCUGAGGGGCUGGAGCCUUGCCGACCCACAUCCUUGGAACUUCCACUGCCCACUCGGCUCACUGCAUGGUUGAAAGAAGCUGCUCCCUUCUAGCCAUUGGGAGAAAGGCACUUUGGUGUCCCAGAGACAGAGGAACAUGCCAACCACCAGAGGACAGUUGGGCCAGAGGGCAGCCAUGCUACCUGUCCCCUCUACCCCUAGCUGGGACAUCAUGGAAGAGCCCAGGGUUGGGCAUUGGAAGACCUGGGUGUGGACACUCAGCCUCUUUGAGCCUCAAUUUUCUCUCUUCUCCACAAGACUCUUGAGUUAGUGAAAAAUGCCAGAGAUGUGAAGGGCCCAGGACACACACUUCCUCCUCCCAACCCAGUCAGUUACAAAGAAUGUUCCAGAAGCAUGCAUGCCCAGACAGGGUAAAUGAGACAUAGCCAUGGAGGUCAAAAGAGUGACAUGGAGGAAAGACUUGGCCCCGGUGCUAGCCCUCGUGGAACACUCCCCAUACUGCCAGGGGGUGAGGAGACUGAAGGCCGAGGGGACACAGAGACAGGAGGCACUUAAUGGCGUGGGAAGGAGGCAGGGGUAAGAAGAGUGCUGGGCUGGGGGCCAACAUGUUUGUCCACAUCCUCUGACAACCAGAUGUCAAGACAGGAUUAAGUGGGCAAGGAUUGUAUUGAGGAAGAUGGCUGUGUGGGAGGAAAGGAGGGAGGAGCCGAAGACCAUGGGGAGAAUCAUAAGGCCAGGCUGGAAGGCUGACGCCCCCUCCCCUGAGUGAAGGCAAGAAGAUCAGAUGAGAGCAUCCCAGACUCCCCUCUGCUCAACCAAAAUAAGAUUCAGCAGGGCUGUCAGGGUGUCCUUGAGCUAAAGCCAGUCAUCAGAGAAACUUCCCAAGCAAGGAUGGACGGCUCUUAUAUUCCUGCUGCAGGGAACAGCCCAUGGGAAGCGUGGCCUUAGCCCAGCCACAAAGAUGGAUUUCAAAGCACAGUGCAGGGCACUUAGCCAGUUGAGCUCCCUGGGGCAGGAGGUCUGUGAGUAGAACAUUCUUCGUAGCCAUAGCCGAGGACCAGGGCCAGGUCUCUCUACAUAACUUCCUCUAGGGCAGGACUCUAAGGAGUCUGAGAAUUUUCAUUCAAACUUGGCCUUAUGGGUCAUUCUAAAAAAACUUUUUCAAGGUCAGCCAAUAGAAUAUAUUUUAUUCAACAGUUUGCGUGUUUUAUACCUUUCAAAUGAUUAGCCACAUGGUAUGUGGGUUUCCAUGCAUCCUUUUGCCCAGGCUGCAAACAUUAAUGGGGGUUCCUUGGACUUUUGCCCAGUCACCCUGCCUGCCCUCUACCUUCAGAGACCUCUCAGUUGGCCUCCUCUUUUGGGCUUCCCUGGUGGCUCAGACGAUAAAGCGCCCGCCCGCAAUGCGGGAGACCCAGGGAUCGAACCCAAGCCUCUUGGUCUUCUGCAUUGGCAGGCAGGUCCUUUACCACUAGCACCACCUGGGAAGUCCCCUUCAGCCUCUGUCCUGCCCAACUUUGGUCCCUUUGUUGACAUUUAAAGAUGAGCCAAGGAAAAUCAUGUUUUGUUGUACACUGCAAUGCAGUUGGGGGUCUCCCUUUUGACUACCUCUGGGGUAACCAUGACAAUGAGAAUGCUGAGACAAGCUUCUGGAAGGGCAGGUUUGGGCUGCCUGAGAAUUUUUGGGACAGUUACUUCCUGGCUUGGUCUGGAGGGUGAUUUCCCAACACCUUGCUUUUUUAGCCAGUGAAACUGAUCUUAAACUUCUGGUUUUCAGAACUCUCAGAGGAUACAUUUCUAUUGUUUUAAGCCACCCACUUUGGAAUAAUUGUUAUAGCAGCCACAGGAGACAAACACAUAUCUUGAACUCAUCUUAAUGUCUGCUUGCAGAGAACCCAACUUGCAAUACUCCCCAACUCCAGUCUAUUCUGAUGGAUUCAAAAGCCAGACCCACCAGGAGGGAGUUAUUAUGUGUCCAUAUCCACGUCUGAGGCUUGGACCGUUCUGUUCCUCCACUUACUAAACCCCAGGCAUCUUAACUAGACCUGAGUCCUACCUGGACCCUAAGCUUUUCCUGACAGCCCAGUCCCCAUCAAGCCCUUUCUGAAUCCCUCCUCUGUACCCCUGAACCCCAAGUCUGUGCCUAUAUGAGGCUAAUCCCAAGGGUAUUCCAGAGAGAUAUAUGCCCCUCCUUCCCAUCCAGCUGGGCACUCCUUGAAGGUGGCAGUGGCACAGAACUCUGUGUUCCCUGUCACAACCAGCACCAGGCUGAGCACAGAGCAAGUGCUCAGAAAAUGUUCUUGCUAAGAAUAAUGACUGUUUUUCAACCCUGGUGUUUUUCAUACACCAUGUGCUCUAAACUGAUUAUUUGUGUCCCCCUCCAAAAUUCAUAGCUUGAGAUCUUAACUCCCAAUGUGAUGGUAUUUGGGAGUAGAGUUUGGGGAGUUAACUAUUAAUAGGUCAUGAGGGUAGAGCCUUCAUGAAUGGGGUGAGUGCCCUUAUAAAUGAGACCCUAGAGAACUCCAUCACGCCUGCCUUGUAGGGACACAGCAGGAAGAUCCGGUCCUGGCUGUGAACCAAGAAGCUUGUUCUCAGCAGACAUCAAAUCUGCUAGCACCGUGAUCUUGGACUUCCCAACCACCGGAACUGUGAGAAAUAAUUAUUGGUUAUAAACCACCCAGUCUGUGGUAUUGUUAUAGCAGCCAGAACAGACAAAGACAGCAUGCUGGACAUAUACAGGAUAUAGCCACUUCCUCAAGAACAGUUCUUUCCCCUCAACAGCCAGGAGACAAGUGAGUCAACACUAGAGACUUCAGUCAGAAUAAAAUCAUUGUAGUGGAAUCUGAUUGGAGACAAUAGAGUAUUUUUCUGGGUUUCAUCAGCCACUGUCUUUUUGCCUGCAGAACCAGCUACAUAAUUUGUGGGGCCCAGUGCAAAAUGGAAACAUGGGGCCUCCUGUCAUUGAGAAAUGCAAGAUGGCAUCAGCAGAGCGUUAAACUAAGUGCGGGUCCUGUGUAACUCUAUGUUGCAUGCCCACGCAGCCAGCUCUGACUGCCUGAGAAUGCUGAUUAACCUCUGUGUGGUGGGUUCUUGGGAUUUACUGGGGUCUCACUUGACUUCCACAACCAAAAGGAGUAUCUGUGGAACCAGAGGUAAUAUAAAAUAUUUACUAACCAUCAUGGCAAAGUGAGCGAGUGGUAGUCGCUCAGUCGAGUACCCAUGGCCUAUAGCCCCCCGGGCUCCUCCAUCCAUGCGAUUCUCCAGGCAAGAAUCCUGGAGCGGGUUGCCAUUUCCUCCUCCAGGGGAUCUUCUGGACCCAGGGAUUGAAGCUGGGUCUCCUGCACUGUAGGCAGACUCUUUACUGUCUGAGCCACCAGGGAAGCCUUAUCAUGGCAAAGGAACUGACCUAGGAGAACAGACUCCCAUUGGCUGCGGUUGUCAGGUCGGCAUCCCCACAGCCCUGUGGGCAAGUCCUACUUUUCAAACAAGGAAACUGGUUCAGCAAUUUGCUCAAGGCAACAAUUUUCAGGUCUCCCACUUUCCUGGUCCUCCCGUGUAGCGUCUGACUUCUGCUGAUAAGCAAUUGCAGGAGGCUGAAUGUUUCCUCUAGAGUUCAAAUAAAUACGCUGUGGGAUUUGUGUCCAUUUUGGAAAAAAGUAGAGCCCUGGAAUCAGACAGACCCGGUUUCAAAUCACGACUCUGCUGGUUACUGGGUAACCCUGGGCAAGUUGCUUAACCUAAGUCUCACUUUCCUCAUCCAUAAAAUGGUGAGGAAAAGAUUUACCUUCAUAGGGUUAUUAUCCCAUUUAAAUGACUGAUCGUUUCUCAAGGGCCAGGCACAUGUGGGCAUUCUGUAUCUGAUGGCCUUUCUUUAGGAAAGGGCAGAGGGUUUCCUGGCAGAAAGGGCUCCUCACACAGCCAAAGUGAGUGCUGUAGCCUCUUGGGAGGGAUCUUGACCUCUGUCCCAAGGCUCUGCUCAGACCAGAGGAAUCAUGAGGGUGCUGCAGGCUGCCAGACAGUGUGACAGGGGCCAUUUUUCUUCCCUUCCACUCUCCAGACUCUGGGUUGAUCUUGAAAGGCAGCUGGGAAGCCAAUACGCUCGCAUCCCCAGACUGGCCCUCCAUCAGGCUCAGGAGGGAAUCCUCCUCAAGCAGGUAAUUUGGGGGGCCUUGGGAAGUCCAUCCAUGCUCAGGAAAUUCUAGUACCCUCUU